ACACUGAGCGAGAGAGAGAGAGAGAGUGAGAGAGAGCGAGCUAGAGGCUGUGCUCGCCGACUCACUCAUACUGAACUGCAGGGGCAGAGGAGCGGAGGCGACGCGCCGUGUCCGGCUGCAGCGAUCUCUACUCGCAAGGAAAAAUACGGAUUUAAAGUUGGCGGAUUGUGUAUUCGACUCCUGAAUUUGACGUGGGACAGGUUCGGCUCCCCCGUGGGAUAGUUUCUCUGCAACUUGCGCGCUUUUGCUUGUGUUAAACUUGAGUUUUCAGUACGCGUCUGUCUGUGGAUAUGGACAGAAGAGAGCCCGCUGCAGGGGAAGAAGACGCGCCGGUGGAAACCUUCGUCUGAGCGGGGAUUUGAUGAAGCCGUAUCGUUCUUCUUGUGCUUGUUUUCACAGACUUGGAUUUCGAGACGCGGAACCAGGACCUUUGAGUUGUAUUUCACCCCAGACGCUCGGUUUUAACGACAACACGGUUCGCGAAACAUGGAAACAGUAGCGCGACAGAGUUUCCAGCCUCACCCUGGACUGCAACAAACUCUCAAACAGUUUCACCUGAGCUCCAUGAGCUCUCUCGGCGGACCGGCCGCGUUCUCGGCCAGAUGGCAACACGACCUGCUCUUCAGGAAGGACGGCAAAGACGUCCCGGAGCCCGUGCUGCACCUCCCCCCCAUGCAGCCUCCUCCGGUGAUGCCCGGGCCGCUCUUCAUCCCGUCUGACCGCUCCACCGAGAGGUGCGAGACGGUCCUGGAGGGCGAGACGAUCUCGUGCUUCGUGGUGGGCGGCGAGAAGCGCCUGUGUCUGCCGCAGAUCCUCAACACGGUUCUGCGGGAUUUCUCGCUCCAGCAGAUCAACUCUGUGUGCGACGACCUGCACGUCUACUGCUCGCGCUGCACCGCCGACCAGCUGGAGAUCCUGAAGGUGAUGGGCAUCCUCCCGUUCUCCGCGCCGUCCUGCGGACUCAUCACCAAGACAGACUCGGAGCGCCUGUGCAACGCGCUCAUCUACGGGGGGACGUACCCGCCGCACUCCAAGAAGGAGCUGUACGGCUCCAUCGAGCUGGAGCUCACCGAGAAGAGCUUCAAGAUCUAUCACGAGUGCUUCGGAAAGUGUAAGGGUCUGCUGGUCCCGGAGCUCUACACGAGUCCCAAUGCGCCCUGCAUCCAGUGCAUGGACUGCAGACUUAUGUACCCGACUCAGAAAUUCGUGGUGCACAGUCACAAAUCGCUGGAGAACAGGACUUGCCACUGGGGCUUUGACUCGGCCAACUGGAGGGCGUAUGUCCUCCUGAGCCCGGAUUACACGGGGAAAGAGGAGAAAGCGCGUCUGGAGCAGUUCCUGGAUGACAUUAAGGAGAAAUUUGACUUCGCCAAUAAAUACAAGCGGAAAGCAUCACGGGCGUCUGAUCCAACUCCUGCCAAGAAGUCCAAACACGAUGACUUUCCAGCGCAGUCGCCCUCAGGAGACAAAGACAAGCAACCUGAUUGGCUACGAUCCCUCUCUGCAUCAGCCAAUAAGGGGCUCAACUGCAUCCAGCCCAGACAGAGACCAUCUGCCUUCAGGCCAUGGUCUCCAAACAUCUCUGUUGGUGAUAAGGAGGGAGGCGGCAGGCCUGCUAGCCUGUUACGUGACAGCUUCUACAACUAUAAGAGCCUGGAGAGCGCUGUGGCCCCCAAUGUAGCUCUGACACCCCUCCAGAAAGGAGGACAGGCCUCUCCUACCGCCCCGAGUAGUUCACACCCGCAUGGGGUGGAAAGCGAAGGUGCCAGCCGCGGGAGAAAGAGGAGGCUGACAGGUGAGACCCACCCCAGCCCACAGCCCUGCCCCUUGGCCACUGCCAGCAAGCCCCUGCCGCCCUCUCAGGAAGAGCGAGAGUCGGACGUGGAGGUCGAAGUGGAGAGCCGUGAGGAAUUCACCUCAUCGCUUUCCUCACUCUCCUCCCCAUCUUUUACAUCCUCGAGCUCUGCUAAGGACUUGAGCUCUCCCUCCGGCCCCGGAGCCACCUUACCAGCAGUUCUGAUGCCAGCCAGCGGGCCCCCUGAGGGUCCCCUGGUGUCUGGAGGGGAGGGACAUGCCAUGACCAACCUGGAGUCUGAGCUGGAGACACUGAGGCAGGCACUUGACAAUGGCCUGGACUCAAAAGAGUCGAAGGAAAAGUUUCUACAUGAGAUAGUGAAGAUGAGGGUAAAACAGGAAGAGAAGCUGGGGUCCGCUUUACAGGCCAAACGAGGCCUCCUGCAGGAGCUUGAGUUUCUCCGUGUUGCUAAGAAGGAGAAGCUCCGUGAAGCAACCGAGGCGAAGAGGAACCUGCGCAAGGAAAUUGAGCGUCUGCGUGCCGAAAGCGAGAGGAAAAUGAGAGAGGCCAACGAGUCACGCAUACGACUGAAGAGAGAGCUGGAGCAGGCCAGACAGCUACGAGUGUGUGACAAGGGCUGUGAGGCCGGCCGUCUGCGAGCCAAGUACUCUGCACAGAUUGAAGACCUCCAAGUAAAGUUGCAACACGCCGAGGCAGACCGAGAGCAGCUGAGAGCCGAUCUGAUACAAGAGCGGGAGGCCAGGGAGCACCUGGAGAGAGUGGUCAAGGAGCUACAGGAACAGCUGUGGCCCAAAAGCCCCAGCAAGAACGGCACAGACGCACCACCCCCACCCGCCAAAGACUCCAACUAAUCCUCUAUCUCUUGACUCCUCCCAAUCCACAUCAACACCGCCCUGAUUGACAGCACCAACCGCCCAAACAUGUCAACUAGCAUGCGGGUGAGCCCCGCCCACCUGCCUCUUUGCCAGCGCAAACCCGGAGGUAUCCUGAACCUUUUUUGAUAGAGUUCAGACACAUUUUCGACAGUUUUACUUCGAGAGCACUGAAAUGCCUCCAACAAGAUCAAUCGGAAAGGAAGAAGCCAAUAGCACAAAAGCUAACUGUGCCUGAAACUGAAUACACUUUGAAAUGAAGACUUUUCUAUGACAAACAAAUUGGUGAUAAUGACGCAAAAUUUUAUCCAGCAGUUUUUACGCAUGCUCUCCGCCCCACGUUAUCGAAGAGACAAGGACUCAUCAUCAUCACAUCAGAAAUUCAUGUUUCCUUUGUCCUCUCUUUUGUUUUGAGGAACUAAGAUGAAAAUCACUUUGUAAUAAGCUAUUUAAGAGACUUGUUAGUGAAUGUGGAUGAGAUUUAAAAAAAAAAAAACCUUCAGCGACUUAUCAGAGCCUCAAAUUUCCCCCCUUUUACAUGUACAUACAUGUCGUGCUGGUUAAAAGAAGCCAUGGAGACAAUUGGUUACACACACUUGUAUCUUUAACAAUGGUAAAGAGAUACUGGUCAGGAGAGCGUUGAAGGGCUUUGGAGAGCUAGAGGUGGAGAAGCUCAGCCCUGUUGAAAGGGAGAGAGAUUUGUAUUCAAGUAAGUGUUAUGAUCAAGCCAGAGCACUUUCUUUUAAUGGCAAACAAAUGUCGCCGGAUCUUAAGAUCGUGGUUAGUGUGGAAUCGGAGGUUUGCGGCUCCUGCUCUCCGAGAGGGUUUGGGUUUUCUUCUCGUCACACAAGCGUGCAGCUUCUCAGUGGGCUGAGGUGCUGACAACUGGCCCGGCUCACAAACGUGGGCGGCCAUUUUUGGGAAUUAACCUAAAGCAUAAAAAAUACAGCUUCUAGGGCAGGAGGUGUCUUGUGAUCAAGAACCACAAAUUGUUCUUUUUAAGUAAAUUAUAAUAUGUAAAUAUGAAAAUGUUUCUUUUUUUUUUUCGCUUUGUUUUUUUACUUUACAAUAAUGAAUCGCACUUUGUCAUUACAAAAUACUGUCUAAAUGCAUUACGCUCCCACACUCUCCCACACAUUUAUCUCAGAGUUUUUAGUAUUCCUAAGUAUAAAAUUGAAAUAAACAUUUUGUUAAUUAUAUGCAGUUCUAAUAAAUGCAAUGUAAUCAUGUUUAAGACAAACCAUUGUAAAUAAAAUCGCAAGAAUAAAAAAAAGAAAAAAAAAAGUUCUACAUGCUUGCUUGCUGAAAUGUGGACGGCGCACGCAGCCGUUUCCUCAAUCUGACUUUAAUUCAACAUUUAUCAUAGUUAUCGAUAUAUGAUUAUAAUCGUUGCUAAAGUGUUAUUGUUAGUGUCCUGGAUUCCUACAGGUUUUAAACGGUUCCGAAUCAAAUUUCAAACCGAUCAGAAUGAAUAGAACACGCAAAGUGUCACGCAUUGGUAAAAGGGUGUCUAAAUAUCAAUGCAGGUGCUCCUCUCAGCUGUGAGCAAGAGCGUAUUACUGUGUAGAAAAUGAGAAGAGGAUGGAUAAACGAACGAACGAAAAUUUAAAACGGUUUAAUAAAUGCAUCUUUAAAUGCUCACACACUUAGCUGAGAUAGAUUUUGUUGAAAAUACAUAUAUUUUAUAAGUGAUUUAUAUACAUUGGGUACAAUGCAAUCAGAAUGUAUGUUACGUUUUUGCUCUUUUCAUUUUGCUGUUGUUGUUAUAACGGAUGUUUUUUCAGAUUGUGUGAAUAUUUUAUUGCUUAUGUUCCUUCUUUCAAUAGCAAGCUUAUGUAAUUUCGUUCAUAUGCAUGGAUUUUAAAAGAAAAAGAUAAAGUCUGCCAUUCAUAUAUCCAUUAUUGGGCAUUAAAACUGUAUAUGUACGUUUUUUAUUGUGUUAUGCAAUAUAAAGCAAUUUUAAUCUUGUUUUUAACUACAAAGGAAAACAAAACCCUCUUAACCAUAAAUUUCAGCUCUUAACAAUCUUAAAUGCAACAUUAACGGCACUACUCUUGGGCUAAAUAAAAACCUUAUGUGCAUAUGCAAUGCUGGAGACCCUCAAGUGCCUGUCUUUGGGCCCUUGGGGUUCCAGAAGAGGAACAAUUAUUGAGCCCGUUUCCACGGCGGCUGACUGUAAGGCGCAUUGAACUGCUUCUGACAAGCAGUCAGACAGUGAGAGCGGGACGUCCCAUUUGCACUGUCAUUUGGGGGAGCCUCUUUGGUUUGCCCCAUUUCGCCAGAAUGAACUUGACUAUCAUUGCUUAAGAGCAAGCCGCAGCUUAUUUGAUAGAUUUUAAUGCCAGUUUGUCAGUAUUCCUUUGUUGUUGUUGUUUUUUCUUCAAAAAUCGUUGAAUAAGUAAAUAAAAGAAAAAUGCAUAGCAGAGUUUAAUGCUCCAAUUGCCACUGGUAAAGAAGAAUUUAAAUCUUAUACUAAGAUAGCUUUUAAAUGUACGUCGGAAUAAAUAAACUCUUUUCUUUCUCAGUUUUUAAGGAAUAAAACAUAUAUUUAAGAGGUUACUUUUUCUAAAGAUGUAAAAAGAGCCUUUGAAAUGAUACACAUUGCCCUGACCUGUGCAUUGCAGGCUACGGGGAAGAUACUAAACGGGGGUCUAAAGGAAGCUCAGUGUCUUAACAGUAGCAAGAGGCUGUACGUUUUUACAGACCAAAAAAAAAAAAAAAAAAAAAGAAUAAAAAUAAAUAAAAAAAAUCUUUCCAAUGAGGUUUUGUAGUUGUUUUUACACGCAAAUUGAUAUGUGUAGUUUACUUUGUUCGCGGUUUUCUAUGAAAAAGGGAGAAAUUGAUCACAGAAGCUCCUUUGCUCCCAAUAUAAUACUAAAAAUGUGGAUUUUUUUUCUAAAAGAGCCAUUUUUUGCUAACAAAAAAAGAUCUAAAAUAGCAAUAACGACAUAACAUCACCGAUAAAUGAGCAGGAUUAGCCAGUCUGAUGAUGAAAGUACAAAUUCACCAAUGUAUAUAGCUGUUUUCUUUUCAUUUUACAAAAAUCGUAUCAUAAAUGUAUAUUGUGUUUCUUUCUCUUUUUUUCAGAAUGAGAAAAGAACCUUACAUAAUAGUUAUAUUUUAUGUUGUGUUUUUACAAACAAAAAGAAAGAAAGGUUGUAUUCCCAAUGCAAGCAUAUUCAGUCCUUUAUUCUGCAUUUUUCCCUUUUUUGUGCUACAAAGAAUAACAGUAUGUUCAGUAAAAUCGUUAUGGUAAAAGUUUUUUUUUCCUUUUUCUGUUAUCAAUGUUUUGUUACAUUCAGCUAAAUAUCACAUACUUCAAUUCUGGUUCAAUCAGACAUUCAGAAUCUUAUUUUAACAAUCUGUUAAAAACUGUUAAAAAUGUUUUUUUCAUGCCAAUAUAUCUUCUUAGCCCUUCACUGCUGCUAUAACAAUAUACUAUAGACUUUGCAACUCUUGAAAAAUAUUUUUAUGUAAGAGAUUAAUGUAUGCUUUCUUCUUCUACUGAUGCCGCUUAUACGCUUGGAUCUGGCCAAUUUCUCCCUCUUAGACGUACCCUUUCCCCCUCACAUGGACUAUAAUGUAAGAUAGAGAGCUCUAUGAGAUUAGAGUUGAAAGUAAUUCGGCUUAUAUACUGCAGUGUCAGGAUGUACAGUGUAUAGACCCAUAAUCAAAAAUAAAGUUGUUUGUCCAGAAA